CACCUCAUUAACUGUAGUCGGCAAGGCCGUGAAAGAUGAACAUGGGAGGAUCUGGAUUCAGCCUCCAUCAGGCCGCUUUUAUGUAUUUCGAAUCACCAUUGAUCAACUCAUUGCCUACCUGCGACAGAGUGGAAGGCUGUUCAAGAAGCUUGCUCAAUUCUUGAUGGUGUCUGUUGGUCUUGUGCUUGUCUUGGGGAGCAUAACCGCAGAGACAAAACAUGGUCCAGAGACUCAC